AUCACAAAUCUGCUAGUUGAUUAAAAUAUGCCAAUGAAUAAGGUGUUUAAAAAAUGAUUUUAUUUCUUUAAUUAUUAGUUUGAAAAAACAUCUAGGAAGUUAUUUCUAUGGCAAAAAGAAGUAGAAGAACAAAGAGAGAAGGUAGCAGAUAUGAGAAGGAAGAACGAAGCACUAGUUUAUAAUAUAUUACCACCUCACGUCGCUAAACAUUUCUUAGGAAGAAAUAAAAAAGACGAAGAACUAUACAGUAAAAGUUACGAAGCUGUUGGAGUAUUAUUUGCAGCCAUGCCGAAUUUUUCAGACUUUUAUACAGAAGAGACGGUUAACAACCAAGGAUUAGAAUGCCUCAGGUUUCUAAAUGAAGUUAUCUCGGAUUACGAUGCGCUCUUAGAACAGCCAAGAUUUCGCGAUAUUAUUAAAAUAAAAACAAUCGGUUCAACUUACAUGGCUGCCAGUGGAUUGAGUGAAGAAGAAACUGUUAAACAAGAUGCUCCAAUUAAAGAGAAGUGGGCUCAUCUGUCUAGGUUAACCGAAUUUGCGCUGACAUUAAAGGCAACUCUAAACAACAUCAAUAAAGAAAGUUUCAACAAUUUUGUACUUCGAAUGGGUCCGUAUUAACAAGUUAUUUUAUAAAAUAAUGC